UAUAUUUAUUUUUCUUUAACAAAAUUGUUUCCAAAAAUAUUUUUUAAAAUUAAAAAAAUGAAUAAAUUAAUUAUUUUCCAAUUUUUUGUUUUAAUUCAAUUAUUUUUAUUUUAUGAAGCUUUUCUGACUGAAAACAAUGCUGAAUUGGCUGAAGUUGAAGUUUUAGAUCCAAAUGUUCGUUUACGUGCAAAACGAUUAUGUACGGUUAUGUUUUGUUAUGACCGUUGUCCAGGUGUAAUUACUAAAAAUCCGUGUUGAAAUUCAAUAAACGAUUCAAUAUUUUAUUUAGAUGAUUUAAUUGAUAAAAUAAUAUUUAAAAUAAUUAUAUUAUGUAAUUCCGAAUUUUUAAAUUUAAUGAAAUUUAAAAAUUAAUCCAGAAAAAUUUGUUUUGUGACACUAUCUUGCUCCAGGAUUUUUGUAUUCUUUCGUUGUAUACUUCCUUCUCUGCUCCAGGAUUUUGUACAUAUUAUUUUUUGAUUUUUGUAUUCCUUGUAUUGUAAAAAUAAUUUUUGACCUUUGUUUUUGACAAGCUUA